GGCGCCAUAAAGCAGCACUCAGUGUUGUUACUUGGGAGGCAGAGUGUUAGAGGGGUGACCUAUCAAUGACGACCCAUCCCAUGGAAAUCGACAGCGAAAGCGAUGACCAGACAAACUCCGCCGGUGAAAAUGACAUACUUGCCGCAGACCUUACUUCCCUCGGCAAGGCCAUUCCGUGGGUUGAAAAAUACCGCCCUCAGUCUCUCGACGACGUCGCCGCUCACCGUGACAUUGUUGAUACCAUUGAUAGGCUAACUACAGAGAACAGAUUGCCGCAUCUUUUAUUGUAUGGUCCUCCUGGAACGGGCAAAACAUCAACCAUUCUCGCUGUGGCACGCAAACUAUAUGGUCCACGCUUCCAAAAUAUGAUUUUAGAGCUCAAUGCAUCAGAUGACAGAGGAAUUGAGGUCGUGAGGCAGCAGAUUCAAGAUUUUGCUAGCACUCAGAGCUUAUCAUUUGGUGUUAAGUCCUCUGUAAAGCUCGUAUUGUUGGAUGAAGCAGAUGCCAUGACAAAGGAUGCCCAAUUUGCAUUACGUAGAGUGAUUGAGAAAUAUACAAAAAGCACCAGGUUUGCUCUUAUCUGUAAUCAUGUAAACAAGAUUAUUCCUGCACUUCAAUCUAGAUGCACUCGGUUUCGAUUUGCCCCUCUUGACGCUGUCCAUGUCACUGAAAGACUGAAACACGUUAUUAAGGCUGAAGGGCUUGAUGUUGAAGACGAUGGCUUAGCAGCCCUUGUUCGGCUUAGCAAUGGUGAUAUGAGAAAGGCUUUAAAUAUUCUUCAGUCAACACAUAUGGCUACUCACCAGAUAACAGAAGAAGAUGUUUACCUGUGCACUGGAAAUCCAUUGCCCAAAGAUAUUGAGCAAAUAUCUUACUGGCUUCUAAACGAACAAUUUGCAGAUAGCUUUAAAAGAAUAGAUGAGAUGAAGACCAGGAAAGGGUUGGCCCUGGUUGAUAUUAUCAGAGAAGUGAUCAUGUUUGUUUUUAAGAUUAAGAUGCCUUCAGCUGUUCGAGUACAAUUGAUGAAUGAUUUGGCAGACAUAGAGUACAGAUUAAGUUUUGGGUGCAACGAUAAGCUUCAGCUUGGAUCGGUCAUUGCUUCUUUUACACGCGCUAGAUCUGCACUGGUAGCUGCUGCCUCAUAGCCUACUUCCGAAUCCGGUCCACUGGGUGAAAUUGCUUUUACAAACUAUUAAUUGGCUUGUUUGAUUUCCGUAGCAUUGUUCACCAUUGAGAAUGGGAUUAUCUUAAUUUAUGUGAAGUAAUUAUUCAUCGGAGGACAUCUAGUCUGUUUUAAAUCUUACUUCCGUCAUACUACUAUUUUAGGCGACUCCAUUAGGAUUGAAAGAUUAGAUAAAUUAGCUUUUUUGACAUCAAUGCAAUGAAAACCCUUUGAAUGUAUUAAAUUUUGGUGUGAAACUGGAGGGUUUAUGUACCUUUUUCUGUGGGUGGAUGUUCCGACACCAAUAGAAGUUGGCAUAUCUUUGUGUUUAUUGGUGAAAAGUACUGUAGAACAGGACCCAGAAGACGAAUACAACCCAUUAUUUCUGCGGGUAUUGUUUCUUUCAA